AUGGGGAGACUUGGACCCCUGACGUCCCAAGCAUUGGGUCGUUCUCCUUACGAUGACGCGGUGGAAGGCACUGGAGAGGACGACCCGCAUGAACCUGAGCGGCGGUACGAUGAGAAAGGUCGCAUAGUCAACCCAGAAACGAAGCGCAUCAUCAAGAAUGUCAUCCGUGCACACAACGAGGUCAUGCUCGUUAUUGGCGUGGCAGAACCCGAGCACUCUGCCGGAGACUCGCCUGAAGUCGCCAUGGCUAAGGAGCAUCAGGCGUAUGAGAGCGAGACGGGCAGGACACUGCUGAGCAUCGGCCGCUCCCUAGGCAUACUCGGCAUCUGGGGUGUCCAUGGCGUACGCCAGAGAAUCAUGUUAUACCAGCCAUAUUCAAACGUCGAGUUCUGGGAGCUGGCGCAAUAUGAGCGCCAACAGUACUCUCUGAAGCAAUUGCUUCUCACGGGCUUGCCUUCAUUCGUGGUCAUGCAAGGAAUACAUUGGACCCGCCUCUCUGUUGAUUGGGUUCUGAAAAAGCCAUGGGUUGGUGGUACCUUGAUGUGGUGUCAAUUUCACUUCCACCUAUUCCUCACCAUGCAGAGACUCAACUUGAUUCCGGCAUCCAAGUUGUUCCCCGGAGUGAAGUUCUUCAUCCCCUUUACCAACACUUCCCCCAUAGCUCCUCCUCCACCCAUUGGAACUCUCAGUCCUUCGUCCGUCGGUGGAUGGCUUAACAGCCUGGCCCUCAACGUGGCCCCGUAUGUCGCAUUCUUCUUAUGCGGGCGAAUCUGGAACGCUGUUCACGUGCACGUCUGGCCACACAUCCAGAAGCGCCUUCCACAUCCGUCCAGGAAUCCAGCUUUCCAUACGAGACCAUUCACCAUGGAACGCCAUCCUACUGUGUCGGAAGAGACGUGGCAGACCGUCCCUGAAUCGCCUACGCUAGGGGCAGCUGAUCGCGAAAUACGCCACGGGCGAAAUUCAGACCCGGCUGUAGUAGGGCUAGAUGCCGUUCGGGAUCUUCCACACCACCAGGGUAUUCACGAUAUGGAGUCUUUCCAAGAUGUGCCUACUCUCCAGGCCCUCGAGGGUCAGGCGUCCGCUGCGGACAAUGCUAUUCCUUUGGGUGCAGUUCGGAGGCAGAGCACAUUUUCUAGCCGAGGUGGUGAUCAGGACUACGGAACAGAUGAGGAGGAUGCCGAUAUCAUAAACCCGACCCUCAUCAGCUUUGAUGUCGACACGACAGAAUCCACGGAGCAGCCAACGGGAGUCUGGUCCGCAGAACUCCGCCCAAGCAACGGGGUAGAGGGCCGCCUAGUACCCAAGGAAGAGCCUGUCUACGUCGUCAACCCGCUGACCAGUUUGCCUUCUGUUCUUGCAGCGGACAUAUUAACAAACCUGAUCACAUAUGUCCUUUGCGCGCCCUUCGACGCCAUGGCCAUCCGCGCUGCCGCUCGAGCGUUCGCCCGCAGGAGAGGGCAUCCCAUGACCAACAUGUAUGAGAUCAGUCUGUUGGACGCCUUCAGCUGGCGUGGCUGGGGUAACAUCAUCGGACUCGAGAUCGUGAGACUGCUUAUUUCAGGGGAGAUCUGGGCUAUGACGAGCAUCUUGUCGCAGUGGCUCCACGUCACUGAUGAGGAGUGGAGGGAGUUCCACUUGGAGGAGCAAGAGGAAAAGGAGCGCGAGCGCAGGAGACACGCCGACCAGGCUGCGAGUGACGCUGUUGCGCGCCUAGAGGCUGCGGCCGAUGCACAGGCGUGA